AUGACUAAUUCAGAGGAUUCUUUAGAAGAUUUUGGUGGCGAUGGUCAAGAUUACAGCAUAUUAUUUGCUACAGAUGAGGAAUUUGCAAACAAGGAUGAUGCUGUUGCUUGGGUGAAAGGCAUGGGCAUGGCAAAUGGUAUGAUUAUAAAUGUAGUUUCUAGUAAGAAGAAGAAUGCUAUUCUGAUGAGAUGCUGUAGAGGGGGAAAGGUAUCAGUUGAUGAUGGUGAAUACUAUGUCACAUCAGAUUCGAAGACACAGAACACUGGGUGUAAAUUUAAGUUAUAUGUGCACCCAGUGGAUGGGAAGUGGCGCAUUCGGGUGUAUCCUGGUGAGUUUGGAAUGCAUAACCACGAGCUGUUUGACGAAGAUCAUCCCACGAGGGGCCUUAGCGAUGGAGUGAAACGAACUUAUACGGGGUACAAAUUGGAGUACUCGAGACAGAAAAUUGGCACCCAUUAUUGCGGUUUUCCACUGAACCGCUUGAAGUUUCAAGUUUCACAUACUUGUUUCCAAAAGCUGAACACUGAGUGGUCGAAGGUGCAAGAGUGGAAAGAAGAAACCAAUGACCGAUGCGAUCAUGUGGUGUACUGGACUUGUCGAAUUCCAUGUGCGUACGCCCUCAAAAAGGCUGCAGAUGCCGGCACAUCGAUAACUCUUAAGCAUAUUCACCCAUUUUGGGCGACCCUUAAUAUUGGUGAACAGGCUGGUACGAGUGCUCCUACCGAUGUGGAUGACGAGGUCCUUUAUACCAGACAGUUGAUGGAAGAGCUGAAUGAGUGUCCUAAGGCAGUACGACGUACUGUAAAUAGGGUUCUCCACGAUAUUAUGCAUCCAGAACAGUGUGGGUUCAAACAACCCGAGGAAGUCAAGAGAAGGAAGGGGCGGCCUAAGGGGGCUAAAUCAAAGAAAAAAACAGAGGCCAACCCUGUUGCCCAUGAACAAUCCCCACAGAAAAAAGCAACUCCUAAUGUGUGGGAUUACAGGGACGAGGCGCAAGGAAAGUCGACCACAGUUACUAGCGAUUCAAGUAAGAAGCGCCCCUCGUCUUCAGGUGGUCGUACAGAUGCAUCCACAGGUACAUGUUAA